UUAAAUAUAUUUUUCACAGCAUUAUGAUGACACAUCGAAAUGUUGGAUUAGGUCAUAACUUGGACAACAUGUCGAUUGCAAUUGGCGCAAAUCCAACUACUACAUUGAAUUAUAUAGCAGUAUUUCGUACGAAGAGACAGAGGGAGGGGAUGGAGGAGCGGAACAGCGCGGCGAUGGCCAACUCGUCAAUGGCGCAGCAUCAGACGCAAACACCAACAGCUUCUUCGAAGCAAGCCAAGGCUUUCCCCAACUCCGUGGACACUAAUUCUGUCACCCAGAGGCUUCAAAAGGAAUUGAUGUCUCUCAUGAUGAGUGGAGGUGAUCUUGGGGUAUCAGCCUUCCCUGAAGGUGAGAGCAUCUUUUCCUGGAGUGGCACUAUCGAGGGUGGCAAAGGAACAAUGUACGAGGGUUUAUCAUAUAAGCUUUCCUUGCGGUUUCCCCUGGAUUACCCUUUUAAGCCUCCCCAGGUUAAAUUUGAGACAAUGUGCUUCCAUCCCAAUGUUGAUCAGUAUGGCAACAUUUGUCUUGACAUCCUCCAGGACAAGUGGUCAUCAGCUUAUGAUUGCAGAACCAUUCUUUUGUCCAUUCAGAGCCUACUGGGAGAACCCAAUAUUGAUAGUCCUCUAAACAGUUAUGCUGCAGCUCUAUGGAACAACCAGGAAGAUUACAAGAAGAUGGUUCACAGACAGUACAUGGAUGGAGAAGUUUUUGAAAGUUGACUUAUGAGCAUCUCAGAUAGAUAUCAUUCUACACGCGAAAUCACCGGCUAGGAUUCACUUCUCUAAGAAGCUACUCUUCAAGGAGUAUGUUAUUGGGAAAGUUUUGAGGUAUAGAUGUGUUUUGUCUAUGAUUGUUGAAGUAGUUUAUCUGGGUUCUUUUUUUGCAGUAAGGUGGUCUAAAGGACACGGUGAAGCACUCUGUCAAUAUUUUUACUCCACUUGCAAUUUAUCUAUAUAAUUGCCAGGAACACACAAGAAACUCAAGUGACACUAACAUCAUAUGAAAGUUGCAUAUUUACUUGAUUCGUGGAUCAGUGCAAAUGAUGGUUCUGUACUGAAAUUUGUAGGCAAUGAAAAUUGUCUAUUGGUCUAAUAUGGAGAUGAGAUUGUGAAAUUAAUAAUCGUUUUGUUA